UCCACGCCACAUUUCCCCGCCUGGACUCGCUCCAUCAAACCCUGCACAGUGUACCGAUUCAAUGUAAACACAAAAACGUGGUGUUUUCACGCGAACUAACCGCAUUUAUUUCGGGGUAAAGGCUUCUGGUCCAUUUGGAGAUUUAAAACCACGUCGCUCGCCUACAGAGUCGGAGGUCCGGCUGAGGUGGAAGCAGCGUCUCUAUCCCCAGUCCCUGCUCCUCACUCACUAUGGCAAGUGAAGAGAAGAAACCAGAGACUGAAUCGACUAAAACGCCGACAGCCUCCGCUGCCUCGGCCAGCCAGAGUAAAUCCGCACCCGCGAAGCCUAACUACACACUGAAGUUCACCCUCGCGGGCCACACGAAGGCCGUGUCCUCGGUCAAGUUCAGUCCGAGUGGGGAGUGGCUCGCCAGUUCGUCUGCCGAUAAACUUAUCAAAAUCUGGGGUGCGUAUGAUGGGAAGUUUGAGAAGACAAUAUCCGGACACAAACUUGGAAUCUCAGACGUGGCCUGGUCCUCCGAUUCCAACCUCCUGGUCUCGGCAUCUGAUGACAAAACACUGAAGAUCUGGGACGUCAGCUCCGGAAAAUGCCUGAAAACCUUGAAGGGCCACAGCAACUAUGUGUUCUGCUGUAAUUUCAAUCCUCAGUCCAAUCUCAUCGUGUCUGGAUCAUUUGACGAGAGCGUUCGGAUAUGGGACGUUAAGACGGGGAAGUGUCUGAAAACGUUGCCUGCUCACUCGGACCCGGUCUCUGCAGUCCAUUUUAACAGAGAUGGCUCUCUGAUAGUGUCCAGCAGCUACGAUGGCCUGUGCCGUAUUUGGGACACAGCAUCAGGCCAGUGCCUUAAAACACUCAUUGAUGAUGACAACCCCCCUGUGUCCUUUGUGAAGUUUUCCCCCAAUGGCAAAUACAUUCUGGCUGCCACGCUGGAUAACACCCUGAAGCUUUGGGAUUACAGCAAAGGAAAGUGCUUGAAAACGUACACAGGUCACAAAAACGAGAAAUAUUGCAUAUUUGCGAAUUUCUCCGUCACAGGCGGCAAGUGGAUCGUCUCAGGCUCGGAAGACAACAUGGUUUACAUCUGGAACUUGCAGACUAAGGAGAUCGUACAAAAGCUGCAAGGUCACACAGAUGUCGUGAUCUCGACCGCCUGCCACCCGACAGAGAACAUCAUCGCAUCAGCAGCACUAGAGAACGACAAGACCAUCAAGCUGUGGAAGAGCGACUGCUAAGCUAGAACACGCGCAGGCUUUAUUUUAUUAUCGUUGCUUUUUUUUUUUUAAUUUUGUAUUUUUCAUUUUUUUGGGGAAGAAGGACAUUUAUUACGAGGAACCACGAGGCCAAGGCCGUUCAUACCCAUGAUCACCUGGUCUCGGCAGGAAGCACGGCGUACGCACGUGUCCAGAGCAGCCGACGCAGAGAGACUCGCGUUACAAAAAAAAUACCACAACACCACUUCUUUUAAACCGUCUCUGCACUAAAACACUCUCCACUCACUCUCUCUCUUUCUCUGUCUGUCUGUAUCUCUCUGCCUUACCUAAACAUGAGCUGUUCCCUUCUUUGAUCAGUUAAACCCCUCAGCGCUGAUACGUGUAUAUUUUGGUCUUGUAGAUUCUAGGCAGCUUCGAUUCCUCUCCUAGGCUUAACAGGCUUUCUCACUUGUUCUGUUUUGUAGAAUGUGUUGAUUUUUUUUUUUGUACAUUAACUCCAGCCAGAAGUGACCCAUGGGUUUGUUGUCCAGUCACCAGUUCUCACACGUGACACUGGUCUAGUUGUCGUCUGUCUGCCAGUGUUUAUGGUGUGCCUGAUUCGGUGCCAUUUUAAGGUGGAAUUUAUUAAAGCGGCUACACGGUUAGAGCCCACGGUGUGAAAUGGUAUAAAGAAGACUAACGUUUUGCUGUCACGUAUUUCUCUAUAAAGGAAGAAUUCCACUCUUUAUAAUCUUUUAUAAAAAAAAAUGACUUUUUCACUAGCAUUCAUUUAUUUUUGUCCUGAGUUUUAGUUUGAACAUCUUUCGAUUAUUCCUUUAUUCCUUCUUGUGUGUUUUCCUGUAACGUUGAGACAUUUUCUAGACAUGUGAACUCUCGCACUUCCUCACGCUUCAUGUUCCUGUUCAACAUGCACACGGUUUUCAUUACAUGACUAUCUGAUGUGAUCCGACGUAUUCUGUGAAUAUCCAGUGUUCUGCUGUAGUCACACACACACACACCCUGCUUAUUUGAAACUGAUUGCAAUCAGUGCAA